CUGUCCUUCCUUCCUUUCCAAAGAUCCUCUUUUCGCCUCCCCUGAGCAAAGACCGGCUUCUCUUUGGCUCGACAUGCCGCCCAAAAGACCUCAGUCGAGCGUCUUUGGCGACGACGACGAUGCUGGCAGCCUCAGGCCAAAGCCCAGCGGGGCCUCGAACGCCCAGCAGAAGAGGCCGCGGAUGACACCUGCCAUGGUCGAGCAGUCACAGCCCUCGGCCUCCUCCUCAUCUCCAUACUCUGCUGUGCGUCCGACAACCCCGGCGGCACCAGCAAAGAGCGCCAUCGAAGCCCAGUUGGCGGCUGCUCGCGCCAGAGUAGAAGCGCAGGUGGCAGCUCUCAGAAAUAGCCAGCAGCAGCGAGCGUCGCCCUCUACAGCCCCUGCCCGGCCGCCAGCUGCUCCUGUAGGCUCAGCUGCCCCGUCCACCGCUCCCAAACCCGUUUCCGCAUCGAAGCAGCCUCCCUCUGGCGGUCUAGCAAUCGACAUCAACGACAUUAAGAGGAGGGUAGAGGAGGCAAAGAGGAGAGCCCAAGAGCAGCGGGCCGGAGCUGCCGCGCCCGCUUCUGCCGCUACGGCUUCAGCCCCCGAGCUCAAACCUACAGGCAUUCAUCCUCUUCUGAUGCAGAAUGGGUCCUCAGCUACUACUGCUGCGAGAGCCUCGCCCGGCGUAUCGUCCGCCAGGGGUGGCUUCACCCAUCGGUUUGGCGGCAGAGGAGCGCCGCCUGCUCCAGAGAAGAUCAAUCCCUACCUGACUGCCCCUGCUGAAGACGAAGCUGGUCCCUCGGCACCUCCCGCAGUGAAGGGGAGAUCUAUGCACCGUGGCCUGCAAUUCAAUCGUCCGGGCCGACACAUCCAGGCAGCUGAGGCUCAACGCAAUGAAGCUCAGCUCGAAGCCUUGAAGCAGAGUAUUCAGGAAAGGGCAAAGAGGGCAGGGAUGCAGGAGGAGUUGACCGGAGAGGAGAGAAAGAUAAGGAGGCAGCCUCCUCCCGAUAUCGAAUGGUGGGACGCAGCCCUCCUUCCCGGUGGCAGCUACGACUGCGUACCCAUCUAUCCUCCUACCGCUGAGAUCCUCACUCAGGCUGCCUCCGAGACUGCCAAAGGAAAGGCCAAAGCGGAGGGCUCAGAUGUGGAGGACACGGCGAUGUCUCUUGGCCUGCCCAUGAUUCUGGCCGAGGGGACGCCAAUCGACCAUUACAUUCAACAUCCCAUUCCGAUACCUGCACCAUCAGACAAAUUCAAGGUCGAGCCAAAGGGCGUGAUGUUGACCAAGAAGGAGAUGAAGAAAAUGCGUCGUCAGCGUCGAGCUGCCGAGCAGCAGGACAAGCAGGAUCGCAUCAAGAUGGGACUACAGGCUCCUGAUGCACCCAAGGUCAAGCUGUCCAAUCUCAUGCGAGUGUUGACUUCAGAAGCUGUGGCAGACCCUACCAAGGUCGAAGCACGGGUCAGGAGGGAGGUGGCAGCGAGGAGAGAACAGCAUGAACGCACCAAUGCAGAGAGGGCUCUCACAGAUGAGCAGAGGCUGGAGAAGCUCAACAACAAGAUGGAGAAGGACGAAGCCAGGGGCGUCUAUGUCAAUGUGUACAAAAUCAAGCACUUGGUUUCUGGCUCUCACAAGUUCAAAGUCAGGAAGAAUGCACAGCAAAAUGGUCUCACGGGGCUCUGCCUCUUCAAUCCUGCCUUUGCCCUCGUAGUAGUUGAAGGCCCGUCGAAGGGGAUCAAGGCGUACAGACGUUUGAUGACAGCCCGGAUCGAUUGGACGGACCCAGGCCGAGCUAGGGGUACCUCCGUUGGAGGUGGGAGUGACGACGAGCGUCCAGCGCCCUUUCUGGGCGCGAUGGGCGACGAGCCUCCGAACAAGCAGGCAAGCGAGGAGGAGGAGAAGAUGCUAAGGGAGAUGGACUGGACGAAGAAUACUUGCGAAUUAAUCUUCGAGGGACCAGAGAGAGAGCGACAGGUUCCAGGAGGGUUCAAGGCGAGGAACGCUCCUACGGACCUAGAUGCGAGAGAGAUACUGGGACAUCAGUGGGCUGGCUUCUGGGAUCUGGCGAAGAGGAAUCAGGCGGCUAGUGAGGAGGUCUAGAAGAGUGAUGAUGUGCCCAUUACUGAAGAGUAAUACAAUGCGGGCGGUAUGUGAGCCGUGGCGAGUGCCGCCGAUGACUU